AAUGUUUGAAUUCUGAUAUUUGUUGACAAUUACGUUAAAUAAAAGUUAAUUAAUGUUUUUAAGUAAUAUAUAGCUAAAUGUACAUGUUAAGCAAGCAAAUUAUUUAAUAUUUUAAACCAAACAAUUAAAUUAUAAGGACUUAUUGAUCUUAAUAAUAUUGGACGAAACCUCUGGCGAUGGCGGAUACAUUAGACCCACUCUCACCAAGUUUGAAUGAUUCACCAAAUUCAUCGGGAUUGAUGCAUAAGUUGAGACUGAGAUUCACGAGAACAACACCUCCUCGAUCUCCACCUGGAGAUGGAUAUGUUGAAUUUGGCGAGUUCCGGUCGGAGCGACCCGGUGUUAAGAAGGUGGGGACCUUCGCCGGUGUCUUCUGCCCCGUGGUGCUAUCAAUGUUCAGUGCUCUUGUUUUUAUACGAAUGGGUUACCUAGUCGGAAAUGCAGGACUUCUAGUGACCUUAGGACAAUUUGGACUCGCAUAUUUAAUAGUAGGGUUCACUGUUAUGUCAAUAUGUGCGAUUUCUACUAAUGGAGCUGUUGAAGGAGGGGGAGUCUACUUCAUGAUUAGUAGGACAUUAGGUCCAGAAUUCGGCGGAGCGAUCGGGACAUUGUUCUUCCUAGCUAAUGUCGUCUCGAGUGCUCUCUGCAUUUCCGCUUGUACUGAAGCUCUUGUAGAGAAUUUUGGACCCAAUGGGUACCUGGUGGGCGCCGGCGGCGGGCUGCCCAACGGCUACUGGUACCGCUUCCUGUACCGCUCGGCGCUCAACGCGGCGGGGCUGGGCGUGUCGCUGGCGGGCGCUUCGCUGUUCGCGCGCACCAGCCUCGCCAUCUGGGUGUCCACCGUCGUCUGCCUCUUCAGCGCGCUGCUCAGCUUCUUCGUCACGGCGCCCGGACAGGUAGAGAAGCCCGACACGAACACGAUCGUGAACGCGACGAACUUCACGUACAGCGGGCUGAGCGCGGCCACGCUGCGCGGCAACCUGUACGAGCAGUACGCGCGCGACUACAGCACGGCCACCGGCGAGCCGGCCGACUUCGCGUCCGUGUUCGGCGUGCUGUUCACGGGCGUCACGGGCGUCAUGGCCGGCGCCAACAUGAGCGGCGAGCUGAAGAGUCCAUCUCGAAGUAUUCCACUCGGGACACUUGCGGCGCUUCUGUUUACAGCACUGUCGUAUGCAGCACUGACUGUGCUGACAGCGGCGACUUGCUCAAGGGAACUGCUGCAAAACAACUACGUGUACUUGCUACCCAUUAAUGUGUGGCCACCUUUCAUUGCCGUUGGAAUGUUAACAGCUACAUUUUCCGCUGGUCUGUCGAAUUUGAUUGGUGCGUCAAGAGUUCUAGAAGCCUUAGCCAAAGACAAUAUAUUCGGUUUCUUGCUCCGUCCAAUGGUGUCUCGAUCCGGCAACCCAGUGGUUGCGGUGAUCGCUUCAUGGCUCUUGGUACAGAUCGGCAUCAUGGCGGACUCCUUGAAUACGAUUGCUCAGGUGAACUCGGUGCUCUUUAUGACGAGUUACUGCGCGAUCAAUCUCGCCUGUCUCGGUCUCGAUCUCGCGUCGGCUCCAAAUUUUAGGCCGUCGUUCCGGCAGUUCUCGUGGGCGUCGUCGCUGGCGGGGCUGCUGGGCUGCGCGGCGCUCAUCUUCUCGCUGCGGCCCGCCUACGCGUGCGCCGUGGCGCUGGCGUGCUGCUCGCUCGUGCUGGCGCUGCACCUGCUGUCGCCCGCCGCCGCCGACCCCAAGUGGGGCAGCCUCAGCCAGGCGCUCAUCUUCCACCAGGUCCGAAAAUAUCUAUUGCUCUUGGACCCUCGUCGGGAACACGUGAAGUUCUGGAGACCUCAGAUGCUGUUACUCAUCGGUUCUCCGAGGCAAACCGCGCCACUCAUUGACUUCGUUAAUGAUCAGAAAAAGGGUGGUCUCUUUGUGAUCGGGCACGUAAGAGUUGGCCAACUGGAUGGCAGCGGGGACCCUCUGGCCGACGAACAGAAAUACUGGCUGAAACUGAUUGACCAUCUGAAGGUGAAGGCGUUCGUGGAGCUGUGCCUGUCGGAGGACAUCCGCAGCGGGGCGGCGCACCUCACGCGCCUGUCGGGGCUGGGCGCCAUGAAGCCCGACACCGUGCUGCUGGGCUUCCGGGACUCCGCGCACCCCAACGACUUCUUCCGGGACCCAGCAUCCCCAUACAAAACUCAGGACUUUGAUCUCGACAAUGGACAAGUGAUGUUCCCCACUCGGACUGCGUUUUCACCCAGAAUGUCCGCCUCAGAGUACGUCAGGAUAGUCUCGGACGUGCUGUGUGUGAAGAAGAAUGUGUGUCUGUGUAGACAUUUCCACAAUUUGAACAUGGCUGCCGUUGAAAGACGGGCCGGCUCGCUGAAGUACAUCGACGUGUGGCUGGUGGAGGCGCUGCGGCCGUCGCGCGAGGAGCCGUUCACGGUGCGCGCGCUGUUCGCGCUGCAGCUCGCGGCCGUCGUGCGCUCGGCGCGCGGCUGGCAGCACCUCGCGCUGCGCGUGCACGUCGUCACGGCGCACGAAAACAAUCCCUCGUUUGGGUCCGAAUCGAUGACCGAGCCCGGUCUGCCGGAGAUGUCUCCCGGGCGGCCGGUGCAGGAGCGCCUCGACGAGUUACUCAAGCUGCUGAGGAUCAGCGCUUACACUCACACUGUAACCGAUUGGCCAAAAUUAGAUGACGACGUCCACCGUUAUUUGGACCCGAACUCGAAUGAAAACAGCGUGUAUCAACGCGUACCGAUGACCUAUUUGCAAAGAGUGAAUAGAAUAAUCAAGAGUCGCUGCGAGGAAGGCACGGCGGUGACGUUCGUGCAGCUGCCACAGCCUCCCAAACUCUCUCCCACUCCGACCGAAGCUGAUGAGGUUAUCUGCGAACAGUAUAUGAAGGUACUGGAUGAAUUUACAAAGGAUCUGUCGCCGACUAUACUCGUCCGUGGAUUGAAGUCAGUCACGUCGACGUCACUAUAAGCAUCCAAGAUACCGUCCUCAAAAAUACAGUUCUAGACAUGUCUAGCUCUGAUUUGUAGUACUGGGAUAAUCAAAAAUAAUACCUAACAUGACAUAAUCUUGAACUUAUCAUCCAAUAAUUUACACAAAGACAUUAUAAAACAUAAGUUAUUUAAUAAUGAAGUCUAUCUUGAUUAAAAUUUAUAAUAAUAAACAAAUAAUUAAAAGACAGAAAUGUCAUUGGACAGGAUUAACCUUAAUUAAUGCUGGAUGAAAAGUUUGAGAACCACUGUUAGGAUUUAAGAAGUAUGAAAUACACCGUUAAGAUUUUUAAACGAGACUCUUCUAGAAUUCGGUUACUGUAUUAAAAAAAUAUGCGUCACGAGGCGAUAGCUGGUGUAACAUCGGAGUGGUGGUUAUUGAACUAAUUUCUUAUUAAAGAAAACCGAUGAAUGAAAUUAGAGUAAUAUAAACAUCAAUAUAAAGUUUAGUUAUUAAUAUAAUUUGAAUUGUAUGGUAGAGAGCGGGGGGGGGGGAGAGGGGCGGCAGUGCUUCAUGCCGUUUGCUGUCACGGCAUAUGAAUCAAUCUGAACCCCAACGCGUACCAACAGAUGUUUCACAUUCUUUUUGUUACGAUUCGUUUUUGUUACGGAUGGUAGAUACGUCUAAUUGACGAUUACAUUUCAUACAUUUAGCCUAUUAUCCGUUAUUCGUAGCCAUCUUAUCCCCAAGUAGCAAGCUUCUGUAAAACGUCUCGUAGAUGUUUGUUAAAUAUAGUAACCGGAAUAAAAGGCCUACUAAGGCCUCGAGUCUGAAUUAGAUCAAUUAUAUUUUUAUAUUAAUAAUAUACUGUAGAUUAAAAAUAGGCGUAGCUAUUUCAUUUAUUUUAUAUUGUAUCUGUGGUGAGUUUUUUUUUUAAGUAAAAAAUUUAGCUACUUUUUUCCAUUUUGAUAUUUUACUCAACUUUGACUGUGAUUUAAGUCUCUAAAGAAAAUGGUGCGGUUUUAUUUCAUGACUCAAAUUUAUGUUUAGUGUAAAGUAUUAUUAUUGACAUAUUAUUUUAGUUUAGAUGAUUUCGCCUGAAAGGCAGUAGUUUGUAAGUCAUACGUUUUAUAAGAUAUUUUGACAAUUUAAUUAAAAUGUAGUUUUUCGACUUUUUUAAAUAAAUAAUUCUUGCAUAAAGCUUGAUAUACCAUUGCUGGUCGGGUUAUUAAACUAUGCAGAAAUCUAUUUGACAUUAAUGUUUCCUAAUGAUAUUUUGUAGACCACUAUAAAAGUAAAACCUAUGAACUUCGGUUACAAUCCGCGUCUUUUCGCCACUUCGCCAUCACGGCUCGUUAAUAGUAAAAAGUGACAUGUCUUAUCAAAUUAUAUUCGGCUUUGUUUUUAACAUAUAUUCAAAGCAAUCUCAUUAUUUUAGCAAAGUGACUAAAACAUUUAAAUUUUAAUAGUUAAAUUACUUGUUUAAAUUAUUAUUGUAUAUUAUUAAAAGCAAUCUUAUGUAAUAACACUUAUGACACAAACACCAAUACAAAUGAUUACAUACGAAUAAAGUAAGCGUUUUGAUAUGCAAUAUUUCACAAGAACUUGUGCGUUUUUAUAUUACAAAGCGAGAUUUGUCUAUAAAUUUUAAGUAAUUAUUAAGGCUUUAGGCUAUGAGUGUCGGUCAGAACGAAGGCUUAUUUAUGAACGGUGGGAUUUUAAUAAGCUCGUGCGUAAGUUCAGAGAAAAAUUAAUAUCGUGAAAUUCGUCCAUUAAAUUAAAAUAUUUAGUACUAGUACUGUCGACUUAGUACAGGUUUCACAUAUUUAGUACAGGUUUAACAGUUCGCAAAUUAAUAUCGAAAGUGAAAACAAUGUUUUUACAUAAAAACCAUAUGAUUGGAAAGAUAUGAAACAUGAACUGAAUUUAGAAAAUCUUUUGAACGCAUUUUAACAAGAAAUGAUGUAUCGUGAUUACCAACGGUUUUUGCUGCUAAGUAAAUUGUUUU